AUGCAACGUUCACUAGCCAUCACCAAGAGCUUGCUCCCGAGCAUCAUCCGGUAUAAGAACCCGGUUCAGGCCAUCUGCCGGCCGUCUUAUGAUGUGUUCAUCAACCACCGACGGAUCGACACCCGGCGGACCGUUGCUGGUUUGUUGCAUGACUACCUGACGAGGCUUGACCUCCGACCCUUCUUGGACAGUAGGAGCAUGCGCCCUGGGGACAAUCUGUUCGACAAGAUUGACUCGGCAAUCCUCGACUGCAGGAUCGGGGUCGCCCUGUUCUCCCCUAGUUACUGUGACUCAUACUUCUGCCUGCACGAGCUCGCCCUAAUGAUGGAGACCAAGAAGAAGGUCAUACCCAUCUUUUGUGAUGUGAAGCCUUCUCAGCUUCGGGCUCUGAAUAAUGGAACUUGCUCGGAGGAGGAGACUCAGAAAUUCAAUUCGGCCAUUGAAGAAGCCAAGAACAUUGUGGGAAUCACUUUUGACUCUUCGAUGGGGGAUUGGUCAGAGCUCCUGAGGGAUGCUUCUGAAGCUAUCAUCAAGAACUUGAUGGAGGCGAAUCAAGACUGGCCAAACGAGAAUUAG